AUGGCAGACUACGAAGAACCUCAUCAGGGCAUUGAAGAAUUGGAGGAGCAGCUUGAUGAUAGUAUAGAUGAAUACGUCCGUGUUCAUGAUGACCCAGAUCAAGAUGAGGCCACACGAACCGCGGCCCUACAUCAUCACAGCAAGACGAUCGCCUACACGGCGCGGGAGAUUCUUGCCAUUGAGCCUGACAAUGUUGAGGUGCACAAACUUCUAGCAAUGUUUGCGUUGUCGCUCAACGGACAGUUUCAGCCUCAUCACUACCACGAUCUCGGAAUCGAGGAUGAAAACUCAGAAUACCAAGCGCUGAAUCACCACCCAUGGAAGUCAGAAUAUCUCCCGGAAGAGGACCACAGCGAACUACUUGACGCCGCGAAUUUGCCAAACGAACCGCAUCAUCACCACAAUGGCCACGAGGAGGAGGAAAACCAUGGAGACGACGGCGAGGAGGAAAACAAUGGAGACGACGGCGAUUGGAAUGAAGAAGGUGAUGGAUAUGAAGAACACGAAGAACACGAGGCUGAGAUGCCUCAAGAAGACGAAGGUGAUGAGGAGGCUGAGGGGCAUUACGAGGGCCAUGACGACGGCCAGGAUGAUGGUGACGAGGGUUGGCAUAGUGGCGACGAGUACCCUCACGGGCAUUCUCAUCAGCACGAUCAUGAGUAUUGA